GACAUAUCCCAGAGGUUGGUGAAAGAAGAAGCGCGCGGGCUGUGUCAGAGCUGAAGUUUGUCACCAACGUCCAGUAACGGCUGUUACCUGUACCGUUCACAGAGGACUUCUUCACUGUCUGUGCCUCUGCCUCAGACUCACACCUGAUAUGCCAGUGCUCAUUGGACACCAUGGGUAAAUGGCUGAAUUGUGUCUUAAUAACGUAGCUAGGUGGCCGCGCUGAUAAUUCUGCUAUGCAUUUUUUGCUAGUUGCUAACUAGCUAGGGAGCCCGUUCUCCUUCAUCGUUGUAACUAUAAAGGGCUAACGCAGGGGCUUGUCAUCUUUAGCCAGCUUGCUAACUGUGCAAACGUACCGUUGAAUUCAAAGGCUUGGAAUCAAAAUUAUUUUUCUAUGUAUGAUUCAUAGUGCGCGUUUUUCUCUAUGUUAUGUGGUUAAGACGAAGACAAGAAAAUUCACGCUUCUGUGCUGUGAGAUUAUUUUGUUGAGAUUGCAUAUUUUCUCUUCACCCGCGGAAGAAUAAAUUUUACCCCGACAACGUUGUGAUGCGGUCCGUUUACUCGUGGCAGUCAGUGAUGACGACUACAUGUAAUGUUAUGACAUUAGCCUUUUAGUGUCUUUGGGCGCCACCUAGUGUUGGAACUGUCGAUUAUACUCAUUUUAAUACUGAACCUGCAAUUGACGGUUGGGCUUGAUGAAUGGUUUUUUACAAAUUAGAGGAAGGACCUAAUCAGUCUUACUAGAUACACAUCUUGCCAACCUAGAUAUUUAAAGUCUCUGUGAACAUACUCUUCCAACACCAGACAACAUAAUGUUUCUUAAUCCAACAAUAAACCCUUCUCUCAGGAGAGUUUCUACGUUUUCAGUGUUUGUUGACAUAGUCUGACAGGUAUUAAUGGUUCUUUAUUAAGUUAAUUGUUGAAGAAGGGUGUUGGUUAUAUACAUGAUAUGUGCAUGAUAAAAGUAGAAAGCCGCUCUUUAUAGUUUGACUACUCCAUAAACAAAUACCAGGGGUGCGAGAAAUUGGGAAAACUUGGAGGAAGUAGAAUUUGUGAUAGCCUAAGAGAAGUUUGUGUUUAUUCACUGAAAGGUCCACUGUUGCAUGAUUUGUCCACCAGAGAGCACUGAUAAAUAUGUCUUGAAGAGUCAAACAUUGGGAUCAGUGUUUAAUCUGUGGACGAUUCCUUAGUAACUAGGUGCUUUUAAAACUGAUCUUUUUGUCUGCUUUGUUGUUUGUGUGGGCUGAUUUAAGGUACAUGAACGUUUGGCCUGUCUGUCCAAAAAUAAUGAUGAAUGAAUGAUGAAUAGUGAUCAAUUAAUGUGUAAUUCACCCAUUCAUUCUCAAAGGUAUUCAGAUUUAUUUGUGUUUCUAUUUGAUUCUCUGUAUUGUAGUUAUAGUAUGCUUAAUCUAUUGAUUGUAGCAUGAAAUUACAUGUAGUAAUAAUAAUAAUAACUUUAUUAUAAAGCACUUUUAAAAACAGAAGUUUUCAAAGUGCUUUGACAAACAGUUGCAAAGCACAGAACAUCAGCACAUAAAAAUAAAUACAAAAGCUCGGUUAUAAACAAGGCCUCUGAAUUGAAGGCCAAUUUCAUUUUUCAUAAGAAACCUGGGCAAUACAAGAACCCUACAACAUAUAAUGAGACUAUGGGGACAAAAAUAAAAACAUAAAAUAGGUAAGAAAAAGAAAUGAAAUAGAAAAGGGGGGCAGAAAGCAGGAAACAGGAUAGUAAAUAUAAAAGAGGAUUUUAAUAAUGAUAAUACAAUCAUAAUAAAAUAAUAAUGAUGGCAAUAGUGAUGAUAAAAUGGAAUAAUAAAAAACAAUAAAAUCAAUAAAGGGCCUAAAAGGUAAAAGAAGAAAAGAUUAAUAGUAAAACAAAAGCUAAAAGGAUAGUAAGCCUAAAUAAGAUAAAAGAGAUGAAAGAAAAAUGAUAAAAGACGGCAUCAAAUAAAAGCAAGUCUGUAAAAGUGAGUUUUUAAAUUUGACUUAAAAGAAGCGACUGUCUCUGCAAUGUCUUUGUAAUAACACAAUCAGCUGCUUUCUUAUGAUGUAAGACACCGAAAAUAUAACAUGCAUAAGGUAAACAAGCAAUGAAUGAGUAGUUUUUUCAGUGUCUUUUUAUAUUGUUUAAUCCUCAACAAUAUUAUCAAAGGUCUCCUGAACUCCGUAGUCAUCUCUCCCAUACAACCUAAACGCAGCACUGUAUCUUAAGCAUGAGCUCUCCAUCGUCCCUGCAUUUCCCACAAUCCUGUUCGGUGUGGCUUCAUCGCUUUUACGUUCGUGAUCAGCUGAGCUCGUGCAUCGCUGCAGUGAGUGCACGGGUGUGAGCGGCUGGGGUUCGGAGCAGCUCGGGGCCGCUCGGUGUCUCUGUGGUCGGGCUUGGACAUCGUUUUGAACCCCCGAUCGACUGGGAGACGGGGGCGUUUAGACGGCCGCGAGAAUGUGACUUUUUCAUCCUCGGGUUUUAUUUUUUGUUUUUUAUUUUUUUCCCUCUAAAUGGCUCCGACUCUGCCGAACGAGAAGACGAUUCCCAUUCAUUUCACCCUGUGUUUAUUUCGCUCAUCAUCAAUUCCUUCAGUGCGGAAAACACCUGGGCUGGUCUCAGGGUAACCGUCCAGGAUUAGGAGGAGAUUUAUUUUUUCUUUUCACCGGGAGUGGGCAAUAAUAUGUCCAGGCGAAAACAGACCAACCCCUUCAAAGUUGACUGUAGGUAUUUCUAAGUGUUAUUGGCGAAUACUGCGUUCCCUUUAACUCACCCAUGCCAUGUCUGUUAUCAUUUUAUACUUCAUUUAUGGUAGUUUGUGUUGAAGAAGUUUUCCUGUUGAAACCUGCAUUUAAAGUGUUGAGGUCUAUUUCUUAAUGCUUGCUGUUCUUAUUGGUUAUACCAGACUUACACACACACUGUGCUGAAGAUUUCAGAAUUGGGUUUACAUAAUAUCAGAAAUAUUGUAUUGUGUUAUUUUCAUAAAUCAUGUCAACACACAGCACUAGAUGUUAUUGCUCUCUCUCUCUCUCUAUCUCUAUGUCCCUCUCUCACUCUCUCUUUAUAUAUAUUUAAUUUCACAAAGAGCUCGUAGAGCCAAUAGAUGACAGGAAUAAAGUGAGUGGAAAGGAAUGAACAUUGCGCACAAUAUAGUUAAAACUCAAAAAAAAAAAAGAGUAGAUAUUGAUGUAAAUAUAAGACAAUGUGCUGAUGCCCACAUCUUCUGUUGUGUUCAGUAUUGACAGUCGUGCUCAGUGCGUGCUAUAAUACUAGUAUUAGCAGACUCAGCAAGUUUGAUGAAUGAAUAGUGUGUAAUUGAGCUCAUCACCUUGAUCUCUGGCUGGUUUUGCGUAUCAUUUUUGUUUCCUUUGAAAGCACCUGGGGCUGUGGGUUAAGUGGUUUUCAUCACUGUUUCUGUGUUGUCCAAGUAGAUUUGUUUUCAAGGAACUGUGGGAUUGUUCCCUCUUUGUUUGCAGUGUGUUAGAGCUGUGAAAUGACCAUAUCUGUGGUUUCUGGAGUUUGUUAAAUAUGAUGAACUGAUUGUUAUAGAUAUUCAUUCCAGCGUUUAAUUUAUUGUGAGUUCUUUCAUUGCUCUUCCUUUUUUGUACAGACAGUUAGCUGAAUGGAUGUUUCUUUGGGCUCCGUAAACUCAAAUCUGUCAAAACAAUGUGUAGGUCAUUGAUUAAAUAAUCAACAGAUUUAUCCAAUUUUCAAAUAUAAUCUCAACUGGCAUCACCACAGUGGAUAUAACUGACAGAGAUGCAGUUAAGCCUCAGGUGUUUCAAGUAUGUGCAGCUAAUAUGGAUUUUGAGAUGAGUGCUGUCGCUGUUAAACAGUUAGAAUAGGACAUGUGUAGUAUUUCUGUAUUUCUAGCAUUUUUACAUUUUUACAAAGUCUAUUUGUAAAAAUGUUCAUUCAUUUAUUCAUGGCUGACAAUAAGAUCCUUAAUUUUAAAUUCCUUGAUUAAUAUUUGUAUUUGUUUAGAGUACAGGUCAAAAUAGAAACUAUAGAGUUUUUCUGAGUGACACCGUCUGCUUCAUACUACAGGCUUUGCUUUGCCUGUGCUAAUAACUUUUUUGAACAUUGGCGCUGCUUCUAAUUUCAAUUAUAAUAAAUAAUUUCAAUACAGCAUGAAAAACUGAAUGAACUGAAACAACUCAUUCCCCUGGAGACCCCUGGUAUGUGCUUGUCCCCCUCUGAGCUUUGCCUUUUGUCAUUUCAUUCACUCCCAUUUUUGAUGGACAGCAUGCAGACCUUCAUCACAUGUCUCAGUCCACAGAAAGGGGAUUGCCUUCUGUAAUCUGCUGAAGUUAUGUGUGCUGCAGCCCUCUUUUCUAAACAUAGUUUGUCUGAACUGCUGUUGAAAUACAUCUAGCACUUGCGACCGUAGUAAUCCCUGUGAGCUAAUGAGCUCAUUUGCCGCUCUGUGACACUUUUACAAGAGUCCAGAGAGUAAGCUUAAAAAACCCCUAGGGUGGGGGACGGGGGUGAUACUACGUAAUGUUGGCAUACAUAUGAGUGUGGAGUCAGGCUUUGUGUUUUAUAUUUGACUAUGACUAUUUUACCUGUCUUCCUUUUCUGAGAGGUAUGGAUUGCAUGCACAGAGCUGUCCUUUCUGAGAGGGUUAGACAGACUGACAGACCAGACAGGCAGGGAGACAGUCUGACAGGCAGUCAGGCUGACACACACACACACACACACACACACACACACAAAGGGAAUUCCAGACAAAAAUACUGCAGCAUUGUCUGUCUAGCUAUGUGCGGUCCUCCUUGAGUUUUGUGUGACGUAACAACAAAAAACAGCAUCAUAAAAAAGUUAAUUAGGACCAGAAGAGGUGGAUGAGCUGUUGAAAAAGUGGACGUGUCCCGGGGGUUGGCAGUAAAUAAAAGUUCUCCAACUUAAUAAAUGGUGCAUGUAUGACUUGAAAAACUUACCAGAACCUUUAAACCAAAACUGGAUGUGAAUUUGGGUUAAGAGGCGACAAAUUUUGUCCAAAGUACUUGAACUUGAUCUCUUGUGAAAAAGUACGGUACAGUGAUUUUUUUUACUUACACCUUGCGCUCAGGGAACUAAACCUAAGGCAGUAAUUUCCAAAUGCUGUGUUUGCACUAUAUCUUGAUAUCUUGAUCAUCUGUAUUUUGUGACUGGUUCAAAAGCCCAAUAUAAUAAUUUAGAUAUUAGUUUAUUUUUCAACACUCUCUCUUUCAUCAAGAAAAAGACAGCCACAGAGAAAAAUGGCUAAUCAUGCCACCGUUUUCUCUGUAAUAGCAUGUCACCAGUGAAUCAGAGCGAGAAUCGAUCAGAUGUCUGGCCCACCAUCCUUGUUCUCAUGAGCAUGGAUGGAAGACGGGGGCCCCUGUGCUUCCUGCAGAUUUCAGACGUGUUGUGUGUCUGAAUAUGUGUGUGUUUUUUUGAGCAGCUGAAAGGAGACGUUGGGGGCUCUGAAUUCAACAGGACCCCCAUUGCUUAGUGUUUGAGCAGAGUUUUUGGCAUUCUAUCUUUUGUCUGUUUUGUUUUGCGCGCUACCACCCCAACCCCUAACCCCCCCACCACCACCACCUUCCUCCUCCUCUUGUCUCUCCCUCUUCUGUGUGUCUGUUGGCUGAUGAGUUUGUCUCUUUGUCUGGAUUCAGUCAGACACUGCGUCACCUCCUGCCUACAGACACACAGACUCAGAGAUAACAUCACAGUGGCAGAGACUGAGGGAGGAUGGGGGGGUGGAGGGAGGGAGGGAGGGAGAGAGAGAGGGAGUGAGGAGAGACAGAUGUACAGACAGAGCCGUAGCUGUGGGGGGAUGGGUAUCUCUCACACAUCAAUCAUUGGCUAUGUGCCGUGAAGCCAGCUUGUUGUCGUAGUUCAUAGUUCAAUUCUCCGACCCACUCUACCACUCCUAAUGAAUGCUUUGAUAUCUAUGGGAAAAGUGCCCAAAAGGGGUUCUCAUACUAACUUCUCCCCAUGAGAAAAACACUACAAUGACAAACCUCCUCAAAGAUGAUCCCUCUGUUUUCUUCAUACACACAGAGAAGGGGUGAGAGAGAGUGCAUGCAAUACCUCAGGAUUGUGGCAAGAGCUGUAAUUACGUCUGUCAGUCUCAGGUAACUAAAGCCAGGAUCUCUAUCCCAUCUGUGAUCUGUGUUAAUGGGGAAGGAGCACGCAGGGGGAGAAAACUGGAUUCCGAAGCUAUCAGAAGUAGGAUGGACAUGAUGUGUGUGAAGAGCCCUCAACAAAAUGUGUCUCCAAUGAAGCCAGGUUGGCAGUUGAAUACAAAUCUGCAUGUUCAAGUCCUGAUAAGAAGAAAAAGUGAAGGGAAUUCUCAGACUCCCUCAACCCGCCGAGCUACAAUAAAACAAAGAGUGGCAUCACAAAGAGUUAAAUGAGCCACAUAUGGGCUGUCAUGGUAUGAAGCUGCAUCCUCCCCCUCAGAGCUGAUGGUAUAGAUAUGGAAGUAGUCAGCGCUACAUACAAGCAGGGAGGACAGAGGGCGAGCCAGGCUGUUCAGUGUGUGGGUGGUACCAAAAGAGAGAGAGAGAGUAGCAAAGCAGUUAGCUAGAGGAAAAGAGUGCAGGCUGCUUUCCCCUUGGGAUUGCAGCAUGGCUGUCGAACAGAGCUAGCAUGUUAUCUGCAAGUAUAUAUAUGUGUGUGUGAAAAAGUGGGGGUUGGGAUGCAAAUGAAGUUCAUGUGUGUGUGCAUGUAGAUCAGUGUGUUCGUCUGCUGGCUUAGCAUUCAUUAUGUUUCAGUGUUGGAUGUUCGUGGAAAAAGGCUAAUCAGUGAUAGAGAUCCUACAGUCCAUCUCUCAAGUGGUUACCAAGUUGAAGAAAAAAGAGGAAUUGUGUCUUUUACAGUCUAGCACCAAGUUCUUUUGAUCAUCAGUUUUUCACAGCUCAUCACCUUUGUGAUCAUCUCUUCUUGAUCAAAUAGCACAAAAUCUUAGAGAUUCGAUAAGAUGUGCGAUGUUUCCACUUAGCCCAAAAUAUGAUGGAAAUAAAGGUGAAUUAAGAUGUUGAAAAAAAUUCAUACCUUUUGCUUGAAUACUUUGACCGUCAAUGCUGUCUCUGUGUUGCUAUGGAGAUAGAACGCUCAUGGUGGCUACUGUAUGAGUAAAAGAGGAUUCCUCUCUAAAACAAGUGACUUAGUUUCAUCUUUUGUUUACUCCAUGUCAAGAACAGAGAUGAUUCAGUCGCCUGUGUGCGUCUGGAAUUGCAGGAAGUGCUUUCAUACAUAACCAGUCCUCUCAUUUGUGACACUUGAUGCCCCUGUUUUUGUUCAUCUACUUUACAUCCACUCCUUUAUUGCUGUCGGGAGCUGAACUGAUGUCUGUUUCUCAGCAUGUUAAGGAGAAAACGGGUUCUCUCGUGAAUCAAAAUAGUGUUAUCUGAAAACAUAAAAGAUUUGUAUUGUUGCACAGCAUCUGGUGUUCAUAUUUAUAUUGUCAUAUAGUGUCGAUUAAAUGAACCAACUCCCAGAGUUAAUUGGAUCUUUUUAGAUGUGAGUUUAGCUUACUGCAUAAAAAUACGCUUGUAACCUGCACAUUAAAGAAACUCAAUGUCAACACUCCUGCUUUGUAUUUUCAGGGCCAUUCCACACUUCAGGCAUCACAGGACUACAGCACACUAUUAACAUGGACGGCAGAGACGAGUUCACCGAAGACAGUGAAUGCUGCAGCAACAACUCCCAGGAAGUCCAAGAGCAGGAUAGCAUCUCAGGUACAGGAUGGAGGGCGGGGAGGAGGACUGGAUGGACUGUGUAGGGCGUCCUCGCUCAGGCUGAUGGGUGUUAGUGAGAGUAAGCCCUGCUCUCUGUUCUGUUGUCUGUCUGUAUUGAUAGGGCUGUGUUUGCCUCCAUAGAAGACAGCGAUAGUGACCCUGACAACCACGGUGAAGACUCGUCCUCCAACACCUCAGCUGACGACCACAUGACCACGAAGAGGUCACAGUGCUGCCUACAAGGAGCAGGAGUCAAAGAGGUAAGUGGGUUGGUGCUAGCUUCAAGAAACUGAAGUUGGUUUAUGUAAUGAUGGCGGCAUUCGACUCGGUCUUUUUCAUGACUUUGCCACUCUCUAGUUUGGAAUCCUGCCUGCUAAAUGAGCAUGUAUUGACUGCUUCCAUGGUAUUUUCUGUAGAUUUGCUCUAGAUUAUAGGAAUUUCUGUGUGAAAUACUGCAAGAGAUCGCAAGAACAAAAAAAAAAUACAGUGUUUUUGUUUACAUUAAAAUAACUAUUAAAGCUGUGAAAACAUGGAGUGAACAGUUUGACUGAGUAACAUGCACAAAAAACACAUCUAAUAUUCAUGUGAUCAACCUUUUCUCCUUCUUUCUGUUGUGCAAUAAAAAAAUAAAAAAAACAAGUUACAGUUAAAUUUAGAAGAUAAAAGAGGUAUUUUGUUGUGGUAGCAAAUGCCUUCAAGAGGUAUUAGUCAUUGAGAAUCCCUGCAUUGUUGUUACAACUUGUGACCUGCAAUACUGAGUGAAAAAAAAAAGAAACCCAACUCCACUGAUAUCGGGCAAUAUGUUUUGUGCCUGUGCCUUCUGUUGGAAAAUGUUGGCUUGCGUGUGACUCACAUCUGUGGCAGCACACACCAUCAUGUCACUGUUAGUGAGUCAGUGGGGCUUGUGAGAAUUUAGCGUAAUCAUCAGCAUAUAGCACUUGCACAAACACUUAAUAUGUUCGCUAAAAAUAUGAACCAGCGAGAAAUAAAAAGAGUUUCUAGCAGCUUUCUUUUCAGCAUUAAUUUAAAAUGUGUAAAAUCAUAGGUUUGCUCAGUUUUUUUUCUUCGAUUAAGUCUGACUGAGUACCACCAUUUAACGUGACAGAUUACUCUACAACAUGAGUGUUUUUAACACGGUCUUGUUUUCUGCAGGAGAGCGAAGAGGGGGACCACGGCAACAACUUUGUUUGUCCUCUCUGCACGCUGGAUUUCAGCAGCCCUGAAAAGCUCAUCUCCCAUGUCUACCAGGUGAGAAGGACAUUGUCUCGCCUGUCCUAAUUCCACGAAAACAAAGCAGCGCUAGAUCCUUUUAUUGCAGUCGGUUUCAAAUAAGCGAGUGGUAGGUCGCCACCUUUAAAGCCCCUAAGAAGCUUAGUGAGAGUAAGUACUUCAGUAAAAAUGCAGGCUGUGGGAGAAGGUGUUGACUCCUGCGACCCAGCUCACAGCUUCCAGUGUAUAAAUGGAGAAACUUUUUUUGCUCAAGAACCAAUGUCACUAAACUUAAAAUUAAAGGAUCGUUACCAAGACCUCAAAUUAUGCAACAUCUUUAGGUAGGCUUCAUUUUUUGAUAGCUGUUUUUUAUUGAGGGAAUGAUGUCAACAGUGAUUAAUUAGUGGGCCGUCUCCCCUCACUUGAACUCUACCCUACCUGUUUGUCCUACUGUCAUGAGAAGCAGCCGCUGACUAUCACAUGUUGUCCAGGAGAAUAGAGAGCAGGAGAGAGACAUACGGUAUUACAUUCCUGUAGAAGAUAAUGUUUUUGUGGUGCUGUGACCUCUCAUAUUUAAUGUAGGUGUACUCUGUCAGAGUUCAGAGUCAAAUAUUAUUUUAAAUACAAAUCUCCCAUUCUGUCUAAGCCAGAGCUGCACUGAUUGUUAUUACAACAGAUUGACUGUUUGUAAACGGACACACCUAAGAUAUAACCAGUGUUGGUUUAGGGGCUAACACAGAUAACACAGAUUAGUUUACUGGACUCAUCAAUGAUUUGUAUUACUGAUGGAAGUUGAUGGAAUUUUUUCUCUUUUUUUAUUCUUUUUGAUUAGUUAAAAAAUAUCUUGUAAAAAGAUGGUUUUCCAUAUAAUCAACUAUUUCUGUUCUGAAUGUCUUUGAGUUCUUCAACAAGAGACUUAAUUUCUGUAAUCUAGGUUUUCAUCUAACACAUUUCCUCCUUGUCUCUUUGUACUGAUUGUUUUUUUAUGCCUUGAACAGCACACAAGCAUGAUGAGCAACACCAAGAGCUAUGUGUGCCCAGUGUGUGGGCGAGCCCUGAGUUCUCCUGGCUCGCUUGGACGGCAUCUUCUCAUCCACUCAGAGGACCGCCUCUCCAACUGCGCUGUCUGCGGCGCACGCUUCACAGACACCAACAACUUUAACAGGUUCAGCUCGAAUUUGUGCAUAACAUAUCUCAGACCUUUAAUGCUUAUAGCUUUUCUUACGAGGUUCGCAGACUAGUAGAUGGGAUGCGCUUGAUGUAUCUCAAUUAUUACGGUUACUUUUUUCACUCAAAAAUUAAAACAUUGUGAAUCAAUCAGUUUGCAUAAGUUAAAGUUAUCUGAAGGUUAUCUAGUUUUUAUUGAGACAAAAUAAUUAUUUCACCUUACAUGAUGUUUCUGUAACAGAUCUCUUAUUAUUUUUUUUAUUAUUCGGUCUCACAAACAAGAACAAAGAAUUCAUUUCACUACUGCAGAUGGUGUUGUUAUUAAAACCAAGGCAACAGGCGUCACAGAUUUUGGAGAUUAAAUAAUAUAUAAAUACUGUGAUUUUAUUAAAUCAUUAGCAUAGUGUAAGAUAUUAACAGCAGUGCAGAGGAUAUGUAAUUUUUUUUUUUAAAAAGGUGAAAAAUUGCAGUUCACAAUCAGUUAGAAGACAAUGCUUUGGUUGCGGCAGUUUAUAUUCAAAGAUCCAGCAAGGUUAUCACAUCUCCGAGAGGAUGUUUCUUGAAAAUUUAAUGAAACUGUCUCAGAUGCAGCACAUUAGAGCAAAAUCAGUGAUUCACUUAGAUAAGGCAGGAUACAGAGCAUGAGAGAUGAAUAAAAUUACUAGUACAAGAAUGACAGAUUUAAUGGAAAUAAACUUGCAUGUUGCUUAGCAACUAACUCCGCAUAGAAAUUUAAACAGCACUGGCAAAUGGUCCAGAUGCAUGAUGGAAGAACAAAACAGAAGAGAGGCACAGUGUUUUACUGAAAAGACCCGAAAGAGGAGCGAUGUCAGGUAUUCCCUUAAGUUAAGUGAGAUGAAGAGGUCCUUUUAGACCGAGCACUGAAGUAUAAAGCUGCAUUCAUUCAUUCAGAACGUCUGUUUCAGUCUGAUAUCCUCAACUCUGAAUAAAAGUUUAAAGCAUCAGGCACAUAUUUCCUGAAGUGUUUUCUGGAAAUAGUAAAAGUUUGUUCAGCACAGUCCUGUUCUUCUUAGAUAACGCCAAUGAUAGAUAAAAUGAAUUGGCUUUGACAAAUAUUCUUUGCAUACAUACCAGGUGGUGGUCACAGGCUGUUGAAUACUGACAAACAAGAAUUUGGUGCAUUUUGAAAAUGCUGUUUACCAUGCUGUUUAAAAUGCUGGGAUCUAUUAACCAAUGUCUUUACAAUGCAGGGUGAAUAUUUUAGCUGUCGCACAUCAAAGUAGAAAGAAUCUAGGUCCAGACUCUGCCUCUGUUUUUUGUGUUUUUAGAGACUGCUAACAUUCACUUUUAAGUAUCAGAGUUUAUAAUGAUGUCUUGACAAGGGGCUUGAUUAAUGAUGAAGAGUUCAGAAUGGCACAUUAAAAAGGAGAUGUAUCAGGGUCCUGCUAAGUCUGGGACAGCCUUAGGACAUACAUUAUGAAUGUGUUUGUCUCUAACUAGUUUUAUUUUUUACUUUGUUUCUUCAGGGAGAAGCUGAAAGAUGUCAUUGACAUGACCAGGAUGGACAUCGGUAGUGGGAGAGACAGCUGUUCCCUGACUCAUUCCCUCUCUAGCAGCCCCAUGACCAGCCCGGGCUCUGGCUCCUGCUCCUGCCACGGACCUGGUCCCAGCCCCAGCUCCUGCCAAGGCCCUCACCCCUGUCAAGCAGCUGACGUCAACCCCAACCUAUGUCAAGCCCACCGUACCUGCCAGGGACCCAGCCACAUCUCAAGCCAGUGUCAAGGCCCUCGGCCAUGUCACGGCCCAGGAUCUGGGGCAUGCUCAGGCCCAGGACCAUGCACAGGUUCUGACCAAGGACCCUCGUUUCCCUCACUGCCAGACAGUCUCCUCUCAGAGGGGCCUUCACUUGCAUCUAUUCCUGAUGCUCUAAACUCCUCUUCAUCAAGCAUUCCUCCUAUCCCAGACAUCUUGAGCCCCAUGCCUGUGUAUCCUGCUGGUGUGCUGUUGGUGUGCAACAGCUGUGUGGCCUACCAGCAGCUGGUGGAGGCCCAGUCCCCGAUGCGUAAGUGGGCGCUGCGCAGGAAAAAUGAACCCUUGGAGGCUCGCCUGCAGCGGCUGGAGCGGGAGCGCACGGCGAAAAAGAACAAGCGGGCAUGUGAGACUGAUGAGGAGAGGGAGAUGAGGAGGCUGCGAGAUCGGGAGGCCAAACGCAUGCAGAGGAUGCAGGAGUCCGAAGAGCAGAGGGCGCGCAGGCUGCAGAGAGACAGGGAGGCCAUGCGGAUGAAGAGGGCCAAUGAGACACCUGAAAAGAGGCAAGCCAGGCUGAUCCGCGAGAGGGAGGCAAAGAGGAUCAAGCGGCGCCUGGAGAAGAUCGACCCAGCUCUAAGGACACAGAUUGAGCAUGACCCUGCUGCGAUGGCUGCCCUCACAGCAGACAUGAGUCUCUUUCAGUUCCCCUGCCCCAUGCCUGUCCCGUCUAUUGAUAACGGGCUGUUCAUGAAGCUACCCUAGUUAGAGCAGGAGUAUCUUGGCUUCUUGCAGCGUCAUUAUUAACCUCUGCACUAUGCCAUCAGGCUGCCAUGGUCACAGUCAACCAUUCCUGGCUGCUUCACUCCCAAACCUCCCUCUCUACCGAACAGCUUCACAACACAAACUGCUUUGUUAAGUACAACAAAAACUACUUCAAUUUCUAAUUUAUUACGGUCUAGAAAACCUUGGGCACAGGGUUGAGAAUGUUUCAUGUUGUGUGGAUGAUGACUUCAGUGCAUGUUGUAAAGAGAUUUAUCAGUCCUUCAGGGGGCGAGCAGAUUUAUCAAGGUUUAUCCUGGUAGGAGCAGUUUUACUUCCCAAGAGGAAAAACAAGUCCUUUUUUUGCACAUUGACUUUUCAGUGACAGGUGGGGGAAACUCUGUAGCCACAGCCCCCCACCCCCCACCCCCUUUCUGGUCCACUCCGCCAGUCCAGUGACGUGGGUUUACUGGUAGCUACACCUCUCUUUUUAAGCUGCCUCUUAAGGGUUCCUGGGAAAUUCAUAUCCAGUCAAACUACCUCAGCUGGCGCCGCAGUGGUGCCCUCUGUCUUGUGGCUUAUUGCAUUCACACUCCAGGCUUCCAAAGCUCUCUAUAAACUGUACACUCCUAUAGAGGAAGCAGGUUGUUUUCAACAGUUUCUGUUCGCAUUUCACACUGGGGUGUUCUCAUAGGUCACAAACAUUCAUAGAAGCAACUGGUUUACAAACCCCAGUUCAGCGUAUAUUUCCCAGGGUCGAUGAUGAUAACGUGUUUGAACUCUGAAUGUUUUGUGCCCAAUGUUAAGCAACAUUCCCCCCUUACCCUCUGAGGUGUACAGCUUAACACACUCAACUCUGAUCAUUCUUUUUGCCAAUAUUUGAAGCUGUUUCUUUUUGAAAUCCAAAACUCUAAACAUUUUGCCAAUGUCAUGACUUCUUUUGUUUUUCACUUUGUGUUACAGAGCUUUUCUUUGGCUCAUGAAUACGUCUGUGCUGCUGUUUAUUGUACUGUACAAUACAUUAGUUACCUCUUGAUAUAUUUUGGGCUCAUUAUGUUUAAGGAAUAUUGUGCUAAAAUGUUCCACUGAGUGGUCACAAUGAAAACAGUUCCUGAUGUGUUACUUGCUGAUGACAGAGUUUGUCACAUUACUUGAAUUCUGCCUGCAGAAACUCAAUGAUUUCCUCAUUAUUUGCUAACUAUAGGACAGUUGUAAUUUUAUUAUUGUGUAGAAGAUCAUACACAGAUGCAAUUUGUGUAGCAUUAACAAGAUUAUCAAAGCUGCAGUACCCUCAGUUCAUGUAACCACUUAAACUGAGGUCCAUUCACAUCCUCUGUCAGUAGAGUUAAUGGAAGAUAUUUAUUUAUUCAUAUAGCAGAGGAACUCAUUUUAUACAAGUUUUAUGUCCCCAUCCGUUUCUUAGUACUGGGGCUCGUUUCAUGACACGUACUUACAGCUUAUACUGGGAGAUUUUAUUGAUCUAUAUUCAUUAACCUCAUUCCAGCACAUAUUUAUGCAAUAUAAUGUGAAUAUAUUUUUCUUGUGAAAUUAUUUGAGUUAUUUUGUUACUGUCGGUGGUAUAAAAUUGUGAAAAUGUUUAAGUUAGAGGCCAUGUUUAGAUUUUUUUAUAUAUAUAUAAUUUCCUGCCUGUAAGGUUACCUCCAGUUUUUCUUGACUUCACUCCUCCAGAUGCAAGUAUUUAGUGUCAAACAAGCAGUUUCUGAAAUACCCUACACAGGAUUUCAGAGAUGAUGACAAGUACUGGUUCUGUUUGAGUCACUCCUAGACGAGAGGUCGGUCCACCUGUCUGUGACGGCAAAUCUAACAAAGAGGGGGAAAAAAAAUAGUGGGAUCUUUUGAGUCUUCUCUAGGAGUGCAUCAAACCUCUAUGCAACAGAUAUGUUAUUUGUUUCAAGGGAAAUAAUUUCACUUUUGGCUGAAACUAUGCAGAAUGCAACUUUCAUCAAACGGACUUCAGUGUAAAGAGUUUUUAGCUUCUCAGGCAAUUUAACUCAGUGAGAGGGCUCAGAGCCUGGACAACACCCUGCUCCAUCAGAAACAUUUAUAAAUCCAUCAUGUGACAAUUUUAAACAGUCAUGUGACUUUUCUAGAGACACUUUGUUGUCAGUGACGUUUUUUGUCCUCCUAGUUCAGCACAGUAAAGUAACAGGGUCUCACUGCCAUCAGAUUCAUGACAAACUGUAAAAACAAGGGCAGAUCAGUCCUCAGGUGUCAUUUUUUCCCUCUUCUCUCAGACUAUGAAUACUGGGUAUUCUCACAGGUGACUCUAUUAUGAAACUGCUGUGAUCUCCAUCAUCCUUUAGAGGACAGUGUCUUCUGCGGUCUGACAUACUGUGGCAAAGGAAGUACUUAAAAAUGAGAUGAUGUUGGUCGUUACAAACAGUACUUUUGCUAUGGAUUAGGUAAGCACUGCAUGUGAUGAAACUGCACUUGUCCUAGAAUGGUUCUAUAUGAGCUUGUGUUCUUCUGUUAGUUUUUGCCUGCCUGUUUUUUACAGUUUAAUCAAAAGAAAGAUGUUAUUGAAAACGUUGGCCUUCCUAUAGUAAUUCUAUCAGGACUUUCUCUUUAUGUCCAUGUUUACAAAACGAGACUCUCUGAUCAAGGCCAAAUGAAUGAGCUAAACAGCUAAUGAGAACAUUCAUGCUUGCUGCGAUAUCAAUGCAUCCUGACUGGAUGGCACUUUGGAGGAUGCCUUCCUCUGUUACUGGAUUAACAGAUGUACAGACAAUAAUAAAACCUGGAAAAGAAUGUGGAAAUAAACAUUGAAUUUACAAUAAAUGUCUUUUGUUU